AUGUGGACAAGCCAAAGUGCGAAGUACGCUUUAGAUAAACUGUGGAAUGAAAAACGCUUAAUCUGGAUCGAAAUUGAGUGCAUAGUACAGCCCUCCCAACAGCAGUGGCUAGAGUGUGAUUCAGAGACAAACCAGUCGAACUUUGGGCGUGUUGUUCGCCGGCGCAAAACAAUAGUCCAUCAAUCGCCUGUACGUGUUAUGCUUGUCUUGGCCAAGUCAACACGAAUGAUCAAACAACGCGUUCCUGUACGGACUGAUUCGUUUCGAAAGAGAACUGCUUCUGCUGCAGAACCGAAUUCUGGACCAACAAUAACACGUCACAGUCAACACUACAUCGCUGUCCUGUACCGCCAAGAUAUUCUAAGAUACAGCUGUCGAUUGUUGCCUGAAACCUUGGACCUGCGAAUACAUUAUAUGUUCGAAUAUCCGCUCAGAUAA